AUGGCACUAAAAGGUUGGUGUCUCACCCCAUUCCAAAUAAUAGAUAGAGAAGAUGAAGACACACAAUGCAUGAUCAAACCAACCAAAAAGAAGAGGAAGAAAAAGAAGAAACAUUAUCUUUCAGCAACCCUGGCUAAUCCUUGGUGGACUGGUCAUCAGGUUGGGUUGCCUGGGGUAGACCCUUCAGGCAACUCACCAAAACUUUCCAUCAACGGAAGCGGCAGCCGAAGCAUCGGUGGUGAUGGCGAAGGGGGAAAUAGCAACAUCAGGGAUGAUGAAGAUGAAGAGAGAGACGCCGGCGAUGAACCGAGAGAAGGUGCAGUUGAGAUUGGAAACCGUCGUCAAAGAGGGAGACCGCCAGGAUCAAAGAACAAGCCAAAACCGCCCAUCUUUGUCACCCGGGACAGCCCGAAUUCUCUUCGGAGCCAUGUGAUGGAGGUGGCCGGAGGAGCUGAUGUUGCUGAGAGCGUGGCGCAGUUCGCGAGGCGGCGCCAGCGCGGGGUUUGCGUUCUUAGCGGGAGUGGCGCUGUGGCCAAUGUUACCCUACGUCAGCCUGCGGCGCCGGGAGCUGUGGUGGCGCUUCAUGGAAGGUUUGAGAUCUUGUCCUUAACUGGGGCUUUUCUUCCUGGACCUGCUCCUCCAGGCUCCACAGGACUCACAGUGUACCUUGCUGGAGGACAGGGACAGGUUGUGGGAGGGAGUGUUGUUGGAUCUUUAGUUGCUGCUGGACCUGUCAUGGUGAUUGCUGCUACUUUUGCCAAUGCUACUUAUGAGAGACUGCCCCUUGAGGAGGAUGAUGAUGAUGGUGGUGGUGGUAGCACUGUUCAUGGAGGAGGAGGAGGAGGUGUUGGAGGUUCUCCUCCUGGAAUUGGAAGCGGUGGUGGUGGGGCCCAGUUGCAGCAGCCUGGAGGACUGCCAGAUCCAUCUUCUUUGUAUAAUCUGCCACCAAAUUUGCUGUCCAAUGGAGGGCAUGAACCUUUUCCUUGGUCUCAUGGAAUUAGGCCACCUUACUAAAUGAAUAUAUAACAUGUUUGGAUCAGCUUCCAUCUUUUCUCAGAAUAAAUUCUGACACUCAGAAGCAACUUACAGAAGCUUCAGCCACUUAUCAAAGCUUCUCUCUUGCAGAUUUGAUUUUGCCUUCAGAGUCCAUUAUAGAAGGUUUCCGUAAUGUAGAUCUUGUAGCUGUAGGUUGUGAUGAUAUGUGUUGUCUUUCUGGUUUGGAAGAGAGUAUUUGGAAAUGAGAAAGGAGCUGCAGGGUUUUUUAGAGUAUAUAGAGUUGUGAAGGACUCAUCAUGUGAUGAUCAUGAGAAGAAGAGGAAGCAUGUUUAGUAUUUGUUUAUCUCAGUGUAUAGGUAUAUGAAUUAAGUACUUUCUGUGUCUUGUUUCUAUUUUGCUUCUGUGCUUAUAAAUUUGGAAUAAAAAAGAUGGCGGUGGGCGUUUCUUUAA